AUGUGGUGCCGAUCUUCAAUGCGCAAAAUCAACUUUGUGCUUCAUCACAACGGCAGCGUCUUACCAAUCCGCAACUACCUUACUUCAAAUCAACAUGCAGCCAGGUCUCGCAGAGACGCCGAUGUCAUCGUUGUUGGUGCCGGCAUAGCUGGUGUUUCGGCAAGUAUUGCGGCGGCCGAGAAGGGCGCCAGUGUCAUCCUGCUCGACGCAGCCUAUGGAGGAGGCGCAUCAGCGCAGUCUGGGGGUGUCGUCUAUGCGGGCGGAGGGACCGAUCAGCAGAAGGCAGCAGGCUAUGGGCAUGAUACACCCUCCAACAUGUUCAACUACCUCAAGCAGGAGGUGGCAGGUACUGUUGAUGACAAGACUUUGCAGACUUUCUGCGACGGCAGCUCGCAACGGCUCAAGUGGAUGGAACGUCACGGCGCAAAGUUCGAAGCCUCGCUAUGUCCAUGGAAGACUAGUUAUCCUACCGAUAAGCAUUACCUAUACUUCUCGGGCAAUGAAAAGUCGUGGCCUUAUAACACAGCUGCCGAGCCCGCUCCUCGAGGCCAUCGAAUGAAGAGCCCCGGCAUGUCCGGUGCUGCUCUGUGGCAGGCUAUGUUUCAGAGUGUUCUCAAGCUUGGUGUCCACGUCAAGCCUGCCACCAGGGUGGAACGCCUGCUCUUCGAUGAGGAUCCAAAUGGUGUUGCCAUCCGGUCCAUCGAACCUAAUACACGUGCCUUCUCCCGCCACAAGGGUCUCGCACGUCUGGGUCAUGGUUCUCAACUCAUGGUACCUGAGCUGGCCGACCUCUUUCUAGACCGAGCAGAAGCCGUCUGGGAAAAGUCAAGCACCUCUUCCACUCUCCACGCCCCAGCCAUCAUCCUGGCUGCUGGCGGAUUCGCUUUCAACAAGAAAAUGCGACAAGAGCACCUCCCCGAAUUCUCCCAAGUAGCACCUCUGGGCACACGAGGUGACGAUGGGUCAGGCAUUCAUCUUGGCCAGUCCGCUGGCGGGGCCGUGGGCAAGAUGAAUAGCAUGUCCGCAUGGCGGUUCUUGUAUCCCCCUACAGCUUUCCUCGAGGGCAUCGUGGUUUCGCGCGACGGCAAUCGAUUUAUUAGUGAAGACAUCUACGGGGCGACCAUGAGUGACGGCAUGAUUCGCAAGCACGAAAGCACGGCAUUUGCCAUUUACGACUCGAUCCAACUUCACACGCUCUUAUGGGGGCACAAGAAGUCGUCGACUCUAGAAGGCUUGGCACUCAAGUUUGGCAUAUCUCCUGAUGGCCUCCGCCAGACAGCCUCUACAUACAAUCGUGCCAUUGCCGAAGGAGAGGCAGACCCUAUGCAUAAGGCGGCUGAAUACUGCACUCCGAUCAGCCAAGGUCCCUUUUACGGAGUCGACAUCUCGGCGCAGCCUGCCGGCGUCCAAGCCACUCAUGGGCUCACGUUGGGAGGUCUGAUUGUUGAUGGCGAAACAGGACUGGUCUGCCGCAAGGAUGGUUCUACGAUUAAGAGGCUGUACGCGGCUGGAAGGACUGCUGUCGGAAUAUGCUCCAACUCUUAUAUCAGUGGGCUUUCUAUUGCUGAUGGUGUCUUUUCCGGAAUCAGGGCGGGGGAACAUGCUGCGCAGAUGGCAUUGGGGUCAGAUUAG